AAUAAGUUUACGUGUUUCAUCAAAGGCGUUCGUUUGUGAUGUGAUAACAAAUUUGAACCAGGUUUUAUGUGAAGAACAAUUGAUUUUUCUUAAAGACUCCGUAAAAAAAUAUUAGUAUAAUAUUUAUUUUAAGAACCUUUUCAAUUAUGAGAUAAACAGUUUAAAUUUGGCUAUGCAAAACGAAUAUCUGUCAUGCAAUGUGCAAGAAAUUGAGGUUAUCUUUUCUAACCUUAACUCGUCACUUACAACAUCAUUUGAAAGUGCAACAAAUUUGCCAGAUGUUGUAAUUCGUCUCUAAUUUAAAUAAUUUUAAAAGUAAUAGCUAGAAAAACAAUAAACUGUUUAAAUAAACAAAAAAUAUGACAGGAGGACAACAGCUAACACCAGAUGAAAAAUACAAUCUCAUAUCUAGAAAUCUUCAAGAAGUUUUAGGAGAAGAUAGGAUCAAAGAAAUAUUAAAGGAACGCGAUGUUCGGCUCUACUGGGGUACUGCCACCACUGGUAAACCACACAUUGCAUAUUUUGUACCAAUGUCCAAAAUAGCCGAUUUUCUUAGAGCUGGUGUUGAAGUUACAAUACUAUUUGCAGAUCUUCAUGCAUAUUUGGACAAUAUGAAAGCACCUUGGGAUUUGUUGGAGCUUAGAGUUCAGUACUAUGAACACAGUAUUAAAGCCAUGCUUAAUUCUAUCGGGGUUCCACUUGAUAAAUUAAAAUUUGUAAAAGGAACAGACUAUGAAUUAUCAAAGGAAUAUUCUUUAGAUGUGUAUAAAAUGACAUCAGUAGUUACUGAGCAUGAUGCGAAAAAAGCUGGAGCUGAGGUGGUUAAACAAGUAGACAAUCCUCUGCUUAGUGGACUUUUAUACCCUAUUUUACAGGCUUUGGAUGAAGAGUAUCUCAAAGUUGAUGCCCAAUUCGGUGGUGUUGAUCAAAGAAAAAUCUUCACACUUGCUGAAAAAUACUUGCCACAACUGGGGUACAAGAAAAGAGCCCACCUUAUGAACCCAAUGGUGCCUGGACUCACAGGAAUAAAGAUGUCGUCCUCAGAAGAAGACAGUAAAAUUGAUUUGCUAGAUUCACCCGCUAAUGUUAAAAAAAAACUCAAAAAAGCUUUUUGUGAACCAGGAAACAUUGAAAAUAACGGCUUGUUAUCUUUUUCCAAACAUGUACUAUUUCCUUUGUUAAAACCUGAUGAAAAAUUUUCUGUUCCACGUAAAGCAGAAUACGGUGGAGACCUAAAUUUUUCUGUAUAUGAUGAAUUAGAGCAGGCUUUUGCUAAGGAAAUAGUGCAUCCAGGUGAUCUGAAAGCAGCAGUGGAAAUCUAUAUCAAUAGAUUAUUAGAUCCCAUUAGAAAAACUUUUGAUUCUCCAGAAUUGAAGAAGUUAACAGAGAAAGCUUACCCCGUACAAAAUAAAAAAGGAACUACUGGUCAAAUCGGGACAUCAGAAGAAAUUGUUCCUAGUAGACUGGAUAUACGUAUAGGGAAAAUUGUGGAAGUGUCAAAACAUCCAGAAGCUGAUAGUUUGUAUGUAGAAAAAAUUGACUUAGGAGAAGAAAAACCUAGAACAAUAGUAAGUGGUUUGGUUAAUUUUAUACCUAUUGAAGAAAUGCAAGACAAGAUGGUUGUGGUGUUGUGUAAUCUGAAACCUGCCAAGAUGAGAGGAAUCGAAUCUCAAGGAAUGGUUUUGUGUGCAUCUGUAGAAGAACCUAGACAAGUAGAAACUCUAAUACCACCAGAGAAUGCUGUUCCAGGAGAGCGAGUAUUUGUAGAGAACUUUGAAGAUGGAAAACCGGAUGAAGUGCUUAAUCCCAAGAAAAAAGUAUGGGAAAAACUACAGGCAGACUUGAAAGUUAAUUUGGAAUGUGUAGCACAAUGGCAGGGUAAUAACUUGGUAACUAAAACAGGUGAUAAAAUAAGAAGCAAAACUAUGGUUGGUGCUCCUAUUAAAUAAGUUUUAUUUUGCAUUUUAUAUAUUUAUUACUCAUAUAAGCAUUUGCAAUAAAAUUGAAGCUUUGAAUUGUAAA